CAGCUGUAUAAAAAUAGGGAAAACGAAAUCGAAAGUAUAAUAAAGUGUGCCUCAGAAUGGCGACUGCCCAACAGUCCGAUGAGGAAAACCUUUCUGGAAGUGGAUCUGACGUCAUCGAUAAUUCGACCAGUGACCAAGACUCGGAUGAAGAAACAGAUGUUCAGCUUUAUGGGAAAGGGCCCUGCAAGUAUUACAACAACAAGGGCUGCAAGAACGCUGAGAGGUGCUCCUACCUGCACAUGUGCAUGUACGCCCUGAGAGGAAGCUGUCGCAACGGGGCCGGGUGUCCGCUGAGGCACCCGAGAGCCGGCCGAGAGAGCACCGGGCCGUCGGACCCGUCGGCGUCCAGUGACCCAAAGCUCACCGACGGCCGAUUCUAUCAGUGGCAGCUCUGUGCUGGAGACGUCUGGUUGGAUGUCGGUAACGAUCACAUUCUCGAGGCCCAGUACUCGCUGCCCCACACCAAGGGCAUCAAAAUCUACAACACUCCAUACGGGGCGGUGAGUAUGGAUUUUAACAGGAUGAGAGUGAUAAAAAAGAGUCUGAGAGUGAGACGUUUGGAUGACGGGACGACGGUGUGGGUCUGGUACUGCACUCUGCGUCGCAAGUGGACCAAGUACGGAGACAAGGAUUCGAAGGGCAAACACGGACCCGCGAAGAGCGACGACAUCGAGAACCAGUUCCAGCUCGACCCGGCCGGCUCUUAUAAAUUCACCGCCGGUGCCGAUACCUUUGAGAUUAAAUUCACAGAAAUGCGGCAGGUGGCAGCGAACAGGAAGAGGAAGGUCACCCGCCGACCGCUGUACCGACCGAAAGUUUCUUCGGCCGCCGCGGAGCUCCAGAACCUUUCUCUCAACGACAAACCCAAGUGGCAGUUUGAGGGCGACAGCGGAGCGUGGCACGACUUCCGGCGCAGGGACGACACUCCGACCGGCUGCUCCGUGGGCAGCGAGGAGAUCGAGAGGAAGUACGCGCAGAACCCCUCCGACGGCAUGGCCUUCAAAGUGAAGGGAACCUCCUACAAGCUGGACUUUCAAGCGAUGACUCAGCUCAACCUCAAGACCAAGAAGACUCGCAAGAUCAGGCGCGUGUGAGCGCUUCGAUCGGAUCUCGGAAGACGUCGAGAAGAAAGUCUACAAACAAUCAUGCGAGACAAUAUUUAUACAUUAAUCUGCAGGAUGUGGGUGUUUGGAGCACAUCUUUUUUUAUUGUUGGUUCUACUUUGGUGUCCUCACGGAAAAUGGUAUAUUAUGUUUACAGCAUUUAAGAUGAGAUGAAGAACUGUGUUUUAAAAACAAGGUUGCCAGAGGAGACUAAAGUUCAUCAACCUGCCGCAGACCAACCCGCACACUGCCAGACCAACACUUGUGUCAUGAUACAGAUAUUAGAUAUUAUGUCAUGUUAGACGCUCAAGCUGCCGCAUUUCUUCACACUGCCUCUUCUGAUAUAAGACCACUUAUUGAGACCCCAAUGUAAACAACAUGCUGCUGUGUUUGAGGUGCUUACAUCACAUGGCUGCUCACAUUAUGCAAUAGAAAUCUACUGUUCGUCAAUUAAAUGUUCAAGUUUUGCUCAAGAUCGGAAGUCAAAUCUUGAAUCUUAAGGGUGAUUCUGCCUAAAUUCAUGUGUCUGAUUCUUUUAAUCUGAUACACAUGGUAUCAGAGGCUCGUGUGUAAUGGAAAUGGAGAAGCAUUGCAAAUAAAAACAAUUAAUCAAA